UAUAUGUAAAUGAAAUAAGCGGAAAAGGUUGCCUGCCUUGCGUAGUUAUGAAGUUUUCAGUGUGCGACGCCCAGUGAGCUUGUAAGUUUGAUAUUAGGUGUUGACUUUUUUUAGCAACCGGACCCAUCAAAACAAGGUAACAGAACUAUACGGACAGCUCAACAAGAUUUGCAAGUGUCGAGUGGAACACUUGCCAUUGGUUUUAAACGAGUUUGGGCUGUCGUUAUUGCAAAUAGACGGGGGUUUCGAUUUGAACUCAAGCUGCCAAGGGAAAGUAUUUCGACUGGUGUGAAGAGGUCAUAAAUCCCCGUCGACACAAGAUGGGAAUCCCGUACAGUGCCUUACGAGAAGGGGGAGCGCAAACGCAGUAUGGCCCAAAUAAAACAGCUGUGACGGCAGACGUGACUGAGGCAGGGUUUAUAUUUGCGUUCAUCAUCAUUGCACUGUCGUUCUUCAUUAUUCUGCCUGGUAUACGAGGCUCGCAGAGGCUUUAUUCGUUGAUACGUUUUGUGGUGGCAAUGUUCAUUGGAGCUGGAAUAUUGUUAUCAGCAUGGGGUCAGGAAUGGGAAGUUGCUGAGAUUCAUGACACUGAGACUGCAUACAAGGCCUUCUUUAAACAUGAGAUAACAGCUGACAUUGGGGUCAAAAUUGGUCUCAAUAGUGUCAACAUUACCCUCAAAGCUUCUAACGGGUCUGUUGAAGAGCAUCCCGAAGAGAUUAUCAACUACAACGAAAGGUUCCACUUCUAUGGAUCACAGGGACGCAUUGGGUUCGGGCGAUUCUCUGGACGUAUCAAUCGUGAGUUCCGUGAAGCCCAGUGGAAGGGCGCUCCCUAUCCGAUUCUGUGGAUCGCUGAAUACUUUACUCUUGAUGGAGAAGACAUCCGCUGGGGCCGCUCCUACCGUACCGCUGGCUACUACGCUUGGAUAUUGGUAUGGACUGCCUUCCCACUGUGGAUUUUGGCCAUGGCGCUGAGCUUCAUGGUGCUACGUUACUGCGGCUAUUUCCUGAUGAUGACCGGGGGAUGUUUGUGGUUGGGUAACGUCUUGUGGGCCUCUGUUCGCUUUGGAUCCACCGCUCUUGUCAUACCGUUCAAUGAAGACAAGAAGCUGACAUUCACCUAUGGUACUACCUUCUAUCUUUGCCUUGUGGCAGGUCUGGUGUCUGUUGUCAGUGGUUUCAUUGUGUUCGUCAUGGACAUUCGCUUUCCGAAUGUGUUAUCCACUUUCUUCAAUAUUGACCCUCUGGCCGAUUACGAAGAGACCUUUGUGUACGACAAAAACACUGGUGGUGCUAGCAACGGGGCCUCCAAUGGCCACGGCUCCAACAAUGAAUCGAUGUUGACAAGUAAAGCCGUGUACCGCCAACGAGCGCAGUCCCGCUUUGCUGUAACCAGGCGCAGACCUCGCACCUCCCUGCUGGAAGAGUCCGCUACCACCGAUGACAAUGUACUGCAUGGAGAAAGGUCUCAGCCCUCCGCAAAAUCACCUCCAAGCGAAGGUAUACGCCUCACGGAGAUCAAACCCGAAACAACCAACUAGGAGUGAAUGGAGGCGACGUGCAGAUGACUGGUAUGGACAACCCUGUGGAAAUUAUUGCAUAAGAAGCCUAGACUUUCAACUUUACAUUUUAGGUUUUUAACAAAUCAGUGCUGUAAAAGUUAUAUAGGAGACCAUAUUGAGAAAGCACUUCAUCGGUGUCCAACUGUCGCAUCUAAAACUGCCGCCCUUGUAGUCCCCCUUUGUAAAGGCAAACUAGCUAAGAAUUUGUUUAGUAGGCGUGUUUCUGUAAGUAAAAUCUUUUCUUUUUUAUGUUUUUGUUUUAAAGCUUGUACACAAUAGUUCUAUCUUUUUAACAUUUUUAAGUACAUUUUUCAAUUUCUGAUUUGCGAGUCUGUAUAUCAUUUGUGGAAUCUAUUGUAGCACAUCAUACUAAGCUGUUGGGUAGAUAAUUUUUGCUAAAUACGAUUACAUGUAUUUGCUAAUCAGACAGUCAAUGUUGAACCCGCCUGUAGCGAUACAACACAUGACUGUACGGCUGGUCUGUUUUGCUAAGCAUGGAGUGUCUUUGUUUAACAAUGUUAUGUGCUUAAGCAGUUCUAUUAUUAUGACAUUGCCCAGUAACUUUUACAGCUUGUUACUGUGUUCAUGUGUCUAGGUAUAAAUCAUAGCUACUUCAAUUAUAUAUACUGAAGUGUUUGUCAUCAAAAAAAACGAUUAAAAAGUGACUCAAGUUUAAAUUAGAUACUGAAAGUACUUAAUAUUGGUAUUAGGCCUUGAUUCUAGGUAGCAUGUAGAAAUAUUGAUAGAACUGGUAUUUGUGAAACAUGUGUAUGGGGCAGGGCGGUGGAUAAUGUUGGUCUCCUACAAGUCGCAUUGUUUGUGACGAAGCAAAGAACAGAACUUUUGGCACUGCUCAUUUUAUGAUCCAAAUACUAAAAAAGGGGCGCAGAAAAGUAGUGCACGUGGUUGACUAGAUAACUAAAAUCAAAGUGUUAUGCAAAAUUUUAAAUGGAAUUGUGAAAUUUGGUUAUGUUCACUCUGCUUUAAAUUCUUCGUGUCCUUCGCACUGUUUGUGGUGUACAGCAGCAGUUGCAUUGGUUUCCUAGGUCAAUAGUAGGCUUCUAUUUGUUUUAAAAUAUCAAUUUUUAUCUCGUUAACUAGCUAACAUUACUGAUAUUAAUUUACUUUUAUACAUCGAAGAAUUAAAAUAUAUUUUCGGUAGUUCCUUUAUAAACUUGUUUAUUUGAAGUUACAAGUUAAAGACUGCUCCUAGUGUUUAACCAAUCUUCUGCAUGCUAUAUAUGUAUUUUGUAGUAUUCUUUACGAGUGGUUACAGUUAUGAAACUUGUGAUUUUAUAUCCAAACGCUGAAAAUGUCAAAAUGCUUGGAUUAAUAUAUUCGAUGUAAAUUGCGGCAAUUUUUGUCACAAGGUUGAAAGAUUCAAUCAUCUAUUGAGUCAAAAUUAUGUAAAUUGACCCCAUAAGUUUUGCUAUUCUGAUUUAUUAUUUGUAAAAUAAAGAUUAUGAUAGUUUGUUCUUUGUAAAUUGACAGACAGAGGUUGAGUUACUUGCUACUCAACCCAUCAAGGCAACCUGGUUCCACACACCCCCCCCCCCCCUUAACGCACCAUUGGAAUUCAAUGCAUACUCACUCUCAAUUGCUGCCAUAUUCUGCCUGCCUAUUAGUAUGCUUAUGUCUGAACAUACAUGGGACGUAGGCCUACGUAAAGUCAAAUUUGAAUAACAAGAGCACCCAUGGUUCCCUGCACAAUAACUCUAAGAAAUGCAAACUCUAUGAAUGCACACUCGACAUUUCGAACGCACUGACGACUAUGGUGGUCUUGCCGGUGUAUGAGUAACUACAGGUGACUAAACACUCUCCUAUUUUGGGGGUCAAUUUUCUUGGUGUACUACAAGCUAAAAACUUCGAACCAUAGAACAAUUUAAACAAUAAACUUUAGACGUGAUGCAAAAAAAAGACCAAAUACAGGUACAUGUAUAUAUUUUCUCGUUUUUUUUCUGACAUGUGAUUUUUUAAAUGUUUUGUAAAGAUUGCUGAUGGUUGAAGAAAGUAUACGUGUGUAUACUUCACGCAGUCCCGUAUGGAUGUACAUUACUGUAGUAACUUUUAGGUGCCGUUAUCUUCUAUUUGCACAAUCUUUUAUUGGAUUAAUCGGAUUAUGAAAUAAAUAUGCAGAUGGAUUUAUAUUUUACA